GGUGGUGGAGGAGAGGAUGUCUGACUUUUGUGAGCCUAUCUAACAAAAAACACUAUUUUAACUAUGAACAAAGUGUCGCAGGAUAGUCAGGUUUGGAGGAGAGAUGGAGGAAACAUUGCAGAAUCUCUAUGUGGAAGGAGAAAUGUGGAGGAGAAAGGUGGAGGGAGAUAUGAAGGGAUAACUAAAACUUUCUCUUCCUUGCAGGUUGAAUUGAGUGAAGCAAGAGUGGAAGUAGAGAGGCUGAGAGACAGACUGGGACAACUUGGUGAUUUGAAGGGACAAGUGAAUGCACUGAGAGAGAAGGUGAAGGUGGAGGGCAGUUCCUACCUGUCGUAUGUGUCUCAGGUGUCGUCGUCAAUCUUGGACUUGAUCUUCCAGAUACAAGACGAGAACACAAGCAAGAGGAAGGAGGAGGAGGAAGAGGAGAGGAAGAGAUCGGACAGCCUUCACCAGCAGCUGACAGAGACUCAACACAAGCUGGCAGACACUCAACACAAGCUGGCAGACACACACAGACUGGCUGAUGUUUAUAAAGGCCAGUUGGAAGAUGCUCACAGGGAGAUUGAAGUAUAUAUGGACCAAUUGCAUAGACAAGAACAAAGCCUACAGCAAGCAGCAACAGAAGCAGAGGAAGCAAGACAGAAGAUGGAGGAGGAGAGGAAGAAGGAGGUGGAGGAGGUGGAGGAAAGGUGGAGAGAGAAGAUGAAGCAAGCUACUCUAGAACAUGAACUGGAGAUGGAAGAGUUAAGACAGCAGUUAGGAACAGUGAAGGAGACGCUGGUGGCCGGCCUGGAGGGAAGAGUGGAGGAGAAAGUAAGGGAGCAACUUCAGCAAGAAAAAGAAAGAAUUGUAAAGAUUUUGGAAACAAGUUUUGUAGAGAGGGAAAGAAAUGCACUGGAAAUAUUGAAGGCAGAGCUACUGGAAAGGUUGAGGCAGGAGAAGGAGGAAGCAGUGGAAGAAGAAGGGAACAAGAUCAGAGCUGAGUGGAAGAAAGAUUUGCAUAGGAAAGAAGAAGAAAAGAAGAGAGAAAGACAAGAAUUUCUGGAGAAUGAGAGGAGGCACUGGGAGAAGGAGAAGGAAGAGGAAGUGCAGAGGAAACUUGCUCUUGUGGUGGAGGAAGGCCGAAGGGAACUGGAGGAGGAGAGAAAGAGGCACAGGCUGGAAGUUGAAAGCAUAAGGUCUAGAUUUAGAAUGAUGACAACGACGACAGCCACCACCAGCACCUCCCCCACUAGCAUGCCUUUCUCUUCAAGUCCCAGCGAGGAGCACCCGCCCUCCUCCCCACCCUCGUCUCUCAACAGAUGGGAGCCACACCAGGCCAGCCCACUCCUGUCUCAUGGUACCAUCACCUUUAAUUCCUGGCUGACUGGGGACACUGUGUUGGUGGUUUGGGAUGCAAUACAUGGCCACUACAGUGUUCAUUUUGAAACCGUUCAUGCUGAGGAGGGUGAAAACUGAGGUGGAAAAUGAAUAAACUUACAAAAUUGAGACACGCAUAGAAAGACGGCGCCAUUUGCAUCAGCUGAUGAGGCCCAGACCGAGACCCAAACAUUCUCUCCAGUGCGGUUCCUGCAGCCUGUGUGAUGUGAUUAUUCAUAUUUUUGCCUACCUACACACCUGGCCGGCACUCCCACAGCGUGUAUAGAGACUCAGGUGUGUCAUGUAAUUGUGGAGCACUUGUGGAGGUGAAAACAGUGAUAUACUGACUGUAACACACUUGUCUAGGGUACAGGCCACAGAUAGACUCAGUAGCCAUUCUUAUCCUCACAGUCUAAUAUUACAAGAUAAUUUAACAUGUGCAUGUCUGUCUGUCUAUACCAGGCCGCCAGAUAAUUUAACAUGUGUGUCUGUCUGUCUGUCUGUCUGGCUGUCCACAGGUAGGCGGGUCGAACAUGGCGUAACACCCUUCUAUCAUUUUAUAUAUGAGAGUAUGGGUUAUAUUAGGUAACAGGGAAGGAUUGGGGUAAGGAAUAGGAUGGGAAACUUGUGAUGGGUGAUCCUGCUGAUGAAAAGUCUGGCUUAAUUUGAAAAGAUGGGAGAUUAAACCACUUUCUUAUAUACGAUGAAAGAAAUGAAUAUCAGGUCUUGUUUGGUAUAGGGGUGUAUUGAAAGCUGUAGAUGACUUGUAGGAUGUAUUGUGGGUAAAUAUUAAUGCUUGUGUCACCUUACCUGCCUGUGAUAAUGUAUAAUACUUAUCUACUUAUUAUUCAAGUUUGCAGAGUCGAAUUUUAAGUAUUUUAAGUAAAGGGACUGAUGUGAUGUGUCUGAUACUUUUAUUAAGAAGAAUUGCACGGCACUAUCGCAAUAUUCACCAUAGUUUUCUGUUAUUUAAGCAAUUUGACAGCAUUAGUGUUUAAUUAAUAGCUAAGUGUUUAAACAAUGUGUCUUAACCCCCAUUAGGUCCAUUGAAAGCCAUAUUUUGUGUGGUACCUAAUAUAUUAAUGGUGUGUGUGUGUGUGUUUGUGUGUGGGUGUGUGUGGAGCCCAGAUGGUGACACUAU